AUGAGGAACACAAUGAUCUUCCUUACUUAUUUUCUUUAUGUUUGCCUUCUUCUUGCUCUAGCCAAGUUCUUGAAAAGAGUAUGUUGGACUCCAUUUCUCCUCCAAUACAAACUAAAGAAACAAGGAAUAAAAGGGCCUUCUUACAAGUUCCUUCAUGGGAACAUAAAGGAGAUCUCUGCCAUGAGAAAGCAAUCCAUGGCCAAAACCAUCCCUGGAUUAUUCCACAACAUUUUUCCAAAAAUCCUACCUCAUGUACACACUUGGACAAAUUUAUACGGGAAGAACUAUCUUAACUGGCAAGGUUCUCAAGCUGAGCUAGUUGUUACUCAAGUGGAACUUGUUGAGGAAAUAUUGAGCAACAAGGAAGGUUUUUACCCAAAACUAUGCCUAAAAGGGUAUGCAAAGAAGUUGUUGGGAGAUGGGCUUUCAUCCUCUGAAGGUGAAAAGUGGACAAAGAUGCGAAAACUGUCUAAUCAUGUCUUUCAUGCUGAUAGUUUAAAAAGCAUGAUUCCGGCAAUGAUCAAGAGCAGCGAGGUUAUGCUCGAAAAAUGGAAGAACUACGAAGGGGAAGAAAUCGAGGUUUUUCAGGAGUUUAGGGUGCUAACAUCUGAGGUCAUUUCCAAAACAGCUUUUGGGAGCAGCUAUUUAGAAGGAAAAAACAUGUUUGACAUGUUAAUGCAUCUAACCUUAUUAGUUUCUAGAAAUAUACACAAAAUAAGGUUUCCUUUGAUAAGGUAAA